GUCGCUGUGAACGAAUGAACUCUUUAACAAACCUACAAAAAAUUUGAUGUAUUUCGAAAUCUCACAAGCGAUGCAGUUAAUAUGGAAAUGAUCGAAAAUUACAUUUUAAGAUACAAGAGUGCAAAGAAAAUACAAUCGGUAUGGAGGGGUUACUCCACCCGAAAGCACUUUCCUCACAUAAGACGUGAACUAGAGCGAGAGAAGGCUGCCAUCAAAAUCCAGCGAGCAGUUCGUGAGUGGCUGUACUACCGCACAGUCACUUCAGCAGGGGAGCCCGACCCACACAUCUGGCGCAUCACCGAGAAGGAUCUGGAGAGGCUUGAGGAGGAGGUUGCACAGUGGCAGGAAGAAUGUGACAGCUCUCAGCUCCCCAGCCCUGACGAGCUGCAGCAAGUUUGUCAGCAGGUGCGACAGAAGCUCGCUCACUUCCAGUCGAGCUUCCUGAAGAACAGAAGCCUCCUUCACUCACUUCAGCACAGGGUGCACCUCUUGCAGGAGGUGCAGUCUGUCCUAAUUGCGCUGCCUAACCUGGAAGACAGCAGUGAUCUGGAUCUGUCAUUCUUCCGGAGAGUACCCCGACAAGCCGCUGUGUAUGCGAGACUUCGGCACCGGUUCUCAUUUCUAAUGCUGGACCAACCGUGCGAUGAAGAACUUCCCAGCACACCUGUAGACACUGCUGAUGCAGCGGACGGUACUGCUACACCACAGCAGUAAUCACUGUACUGCCACAGUACUGUUAGCAGUUCUGUGGCAUUUGUACAUUUUCAUUUGGUUUAUGCUCACCCAGAGGACACAAUAAUGUUUGCUGCAUGUGGUAAACACCUUUUCUCAAGAUGGGGUCAGGAGAGAGAGAGAGAGAGAGAGAGAGAGAGAGAGAGAUUUUCAACAUGUAUAUCACUAAAAUGAUCCUACAUUCAUCCCCGCUCCAUGUAUAUACUUUCCUUAGUCCACCACAUGCCCACAAUGCUACCAGGCAGCGGAAAAUGUGUAAAUUGACAUAUUUUGUAUAUGUGAUGUGGCAUAAUGUUCUGGGGUAAAUCAUCUUUAAGAAAGAAAAUCUUCACUGCUCAGAAACAUGCUGUAAGAAUAUUAUGUGGUCCUCAACUAUGCUCAUCUUGUAGGUAAUUGUUUAAGGAGUAGAGCAUUCUGGCUACUGCUUCACAGUAUAUUUAUUCUCUAAUGAAGUUUGUUGUAACUAAUCCACAAUGCUGCAACAAGAAUUUUUGAUCACUUACCCUGUGAUAUAAAAUGUCUGACAGUCAUCAAAGUAAAAUUUGAAAACAAACUGAAAACUUUUCUGCUUGACAACUCUUUCUAUUCCAUAGAAAAAUUUCUGUUAUUGCAAUGUAUAAACAGAGAGGGGUAGGAACUACUAACUCACAUCUGUAUAUUAAAAAUAAAUAAAAUAAAACAAACUUGUAAAUGUUUAGCAUGUAGCCACAUUUACAAAUGAAUUAGUGAUGUGAGUGUAAAAUGACUUGUUUCAUAUCAUUAUGGUUUAUUGUGCAAAAUGAUCCAUGGAAUAUGAAAAUAACUAACCAGGUGGCAUUCAAUCUCAUGAUGGGCAGUAGUCUAAUGCCUUGCCACAUCAGUGCACAUGAAGAUGGUAGACUCUAUCCCUAACAGGACGUAAAGUAAUCUCAAAGGAAUAUGGGAGACACUAAGACACUGCACACCAUAUAUCCACCAGUUGACAACCAGUAGCAUGCCCAGUUACUGCUACUGUCCAUCCAUUCAGCAUGUUUGUUGUUGUUGGUGCAGCUCUCUAUGCUACUCUAUCCUGUGCAAACCUCUUCAUCUCUGACUAACUACUGCAACCUACAUCCUUCUGAAUCUGCUUACUGUAUUCGUCUCCUAG